GUGACAAGCUGACAACUGAUGAUUAAUUUUCAUGCAGUUUUCAUUUAGUAAAUUGUAAUUUUAUUUUAAUAAAUUAGACAUAAAAAUUAAUCUUGUUAAUGAACCUUAUUAUUCAUUAAACUUAGUUAAAUGGCAUCAUCUCGCAUUCAGGUUACUGCGCGCCAGUUGUCCAAAACAUUAAAGAAAAAGUCUAGGUUUGAUAUUGGUAUUGCCACAGAGUUACCUGCUGCGUACAAAAAAUUCUGGCGUGAAUGGAAACUGCUGAAGCCAGCAGCUGUACAUUUUAUUCCUCAAGAAGGCAAAUGGAAACGUGACGAGCUUACUGGAGAGACACUUCCAAUUCAAAAUAUUCCUUUACCAUUGAAACAUCCAGCUGAAAUCUAUGAGGGAAUAUGGGGUGGAGAGGCUGUCAUCAAAGGGUUUCAGAAACGGGAUAUGCAUAGACGCCGUGUACCUCAUUACUGGGUGCCGGUUCUGAAAAGAACUGUAGUCAAAUCUGAGGUGUUAAAUACUCAUCUCUCAGUGACCGUAACUGACCGAACAAUCAAGUUAAUCAAUGAUCAUUAUGGCUUUGACCAUUACUUGCUUAAGACACCAGCCUGUGAUCUUGUUUCAAUGCUGGCCUUGAAAUUAAAAAAACAAAUCCUGUCUGAAUUGAUGAAUGGAUGUCCAAGAUAUGCACAUGAUCCACAAAAGCAAAAAGAAAUUUAUGAGGAAUAUAAAACUUACCUGUCAUCUUAUACACCUGAAGAAAUAGACUGGUAUGGCCUUACCUGGCCUGAGGCAUUAAAUAAGGUUGCAAAAAUCAAGGAAGCCGCCAAUAAACCAAUACCAUUAAAAAAUGUGUAUAGAAAAAAUCUUGUUGAAAAACUAAAAGAAGCUGCUAUUGAAGCUAAGACCCCAACAGAUGAUAUGUCGAGUACCACUUCAUGGCUGUCGAAAAUGAAUCCUUUUGGAAAAAAAGAUGAAGCUUAGUGAAUAUAAAAAUUGAAGAAAUAAAAAUUGUUUUGUUGUAGUUAAAUAUAAAUACAUAGAUAUUUGAAUAUCAA